CUAUUCGUUCAAUUAUUUUGCAGUUGGGCUAAGUAAAUCUCCUCACUACUCACCACUAAUCUUUGUUCCAAACCCUCUUUUAUUAGCUUGAGGUAUACAGGAAUUCAGUGGCUCAGCCAAUGCAUGAGAGAGUCGGAAGAAAAUGCUGAGAUCAAAAGCAUACGUGCACGUCACUUCCCGCCAUAUCACUCUUUCAAAAACCCAACCAAUUCCACAGCAUCAACUGCCUGUAGUGCAGAAGCUCUUGUUGCUCUUGAAACAUUGCUCAUCCAUCAAUUCCCUGCAACAAAUCCACACACAAAUGCUUAUCAACUCAGUAGACAAACCCAACUUUCUUCUCUCCAGAAUCAUCGACCUCAAAGACCUCACCUAUGCCUCCCUUCUUUUCUCCCGAAUCCCCGAACCCGAUGACUACGCCUUCAACGUUAUGAUCCGUGGCCUAACCACCACAUGGCACAACUAUUCUCUGGCGCUUCAAUUCUACUACCAAAUGAGAUUUUCGGGCUUGAAACCAAAUAAUUUCACAUACCCAUUUUUGUUCAUCGCGUGUGCUAAUCUUUUAGAGUUAAGUCAUGGGCAGGCAGGCCAUUCGUCUGUGUUUAAGAUUGGGUUGGAUAGUGAUGGUCAUACCAUGCAUUCUUUGAUUACAAUGUAUUCUCGAUGUGGAGAAUUAGGUGGUGCUCGUAAGGUGUUCGAUGAAAUUCUUGAGAGGGAUUUGGUGUCAUGGAACUCGAUGAUUUCCGGGUACUCGAAGAUGGGCUAUGCGAGUGAUGCAGUACGGUUGUUUGCUAAGAUGAUGGAGGAGGGGUUUAUGCCUGAUGAAAUGUCUUUAGUGAGCUUUCUUAGUGCCUGCGGGGACUUGGGAAAUUUAAAUUUGGGGAGGUGGGUCGCUGGAUAUAUUGUGAAAAAUAAGAUGGAAGUUAAUUCUUUUUUGGGUUCUGCGUCAAUUGGUAUGUACGGGAAUUGUGGGGAUUUGCUGUCAGCAAGGAGGGUAUUUGAUAGAAUGCAGAAAAGGGAUGUGGUCACUUGGAAUGCCAUGAUCACCGGGUAUGCACAAAAUGGGAUGUCAGAUGAAGCAAUCAAGCUGUUUCAAAGCAUGAAAGAGGCAGGAGUUAAACCAGAUAUGACCACGUUGGCCAGCGUCCUGCCUGCAUGUGCCUCAAUUGGAGCCCUGGACAUAGGAAAAUGGAUUGAAACAUAUGCAUCAGAGAGAGGCUUACACCACAAUAUCUUUGUUGCUACUGCUUUGCUUGAUAUGUACGCUAAGUGUGGGAGCUUAGACAAUGCUCUAAGAGUUUUUGAAGAGAUGCCUGUGAAAAAUGAGGUCUCUUGGAAUGCAAUGAUCUCUGCCCUUGCUUUCCAUGGGCAAGCCCAUGAGGCUUUAUCCCUUUUUCAGCGCAUGUCAAGAGAGGGUGCUUCCUGCCCAAAUGACAUUACUUUUGUAGGAUUACUUUCGGCAUGUGUGCAUGCUGGGUUGGUUGAUGAAGGCCAGCAAUUGUUUGAUUUGAUGAUCUCAUCAUUUGGGUUAACUCCAAAAAUUGAGCACUACUCUUGCAUGGUUGAUCUUUUGGCACGUGCAGGACGACUUUAUGAAGCUUGGGACUUCAUUGACAAGAUGCCUGGAAAACCAGAUGAAGUUGUGUUGGGGGCACUACUCGGUGCCUGUCAGAAGCGCAAGAAUGCAGAUAUAAGUGAGCGGGUGAUGCAACGACUUCUGGAAAUACAGCCUUCAAAUUCUGGCAACUAUGUUAUCUCGUCAAAGAUAUUAGCAGAUUUGAAGAGGUGGGAUGAAUCAGCAAAAAUGAGACUGCUAAUGAGACAAAGGGGUGUCCCUAAGACUCCCGGUUGUAGCUGGAUUGAAAUUGAAGCUGAACUGCAUGAAUUUCAUGCUGGGGAUGAUUUACAGCAUUCUAUAGGGACGCAUCAAGUGCUUAAUUUGCUGAUUGAGGAGAUGAAGAGGGAAGGUUAUGUUCCAAAUGUCAAAUGUAUAUAGGGAAGAGAAAAAAAAAAUCAAGAAAUACCUUUCUCAUCUUAUGAGAGGUUGAGUGAUGUGCCUGGAGUUAAUAUUUUGUGAGUAGAGAGACAUGCAAGGGACAACACGCCACAAGAGGAAAUUAAGGCAUAACAUGAACCGCUUGGAAGUUUACAGGUUAUGAUACAUGCAAUCAGGCUUCUCAUUAUAUGCAUACUUUACAUGACAGAUGCACAAGAAGGGAUUAUCAGAUGAAGAAUUAAAGCACCAGUGGCAUUGUCAAAUCAGGCAGCACUGGCAUUUGCAUGAGCUCGGAUUCUUUGCUAGGGAAGUGGGCUCAUGUCUGUGCAUGAUCAAGGACCUUCUAUCCUUUUCACCUUAAUCUUGUUAUAUAUUCAAAGUUCAGAAGGCUUGAUUACUGUUUACUGAGUAGCUACCAGAGGUGGUUGUGGUUUCCAUCACCAAAUAAAAUCGCACUUGUUAGUGGUUGCUAUCCGCAUUGUAUUUUUGUUGUCUUUUCAGUAUGUCAUUUGGAAUGGCCCAGAAGAAAUAAGGUAUUAUAUCCUUGCACGGUUGAUCUUCUGAUGGUUUUUUGAAAAUAUCUUGGUCAGCUCACUUGCAUAUGAGAAUUAGGUAAUUUCUUACGAAUUCUUUAAUCUUAGGGCACCUUUGUUUGAACUAGAAAAAUGAAAUCUAUUACUGUGU